UCCAUCCGCAACCAAUCUUGUCUUCCAUUCAUCACAAUUCUCAAUAUUUCUUCUUACAAUAAUCUCACUUUCUCUAUCACAAUGUCCAUCACUUGUAUCCCAAGAAAUACCGAUACUAUCCGUUUCUUCAAGAUUGUUACUUCAACAAAUAUUCAAGAUGGAAACAUUAGAAUUCCAAAUGCUUUCACUCAGAAAUAUAUUGGUAAUUUAUCAAACAUAAUGUUUCUCAAGACUCCGGAUAACAAAAAAUGGGAAAUACAUUUGACUAAAAAGGAAUCUGAUAUUUGGAUUCACAAGGGUUGGAAGGAAUUUGCGACACAUUACUCAUUAGAUCACGGACAUAUGCUAAUAUUUCAAUAUGAGAAAACCUCUCAUUUUGAAGUGCAUAUAUUCGACAAGAGUACCCUUGAAAUUGAAUAUCCUGUUUAUGGUAAAAAUCAACAAGAACAUAACAGCACAAUUGAAAAUUUGAAUGAGCAACCUUCAUGCAACAAAACUAAACCAAAACCACAAAUUUCAAAAAUUUCAAGUUCUCAACCGCAUAAGAAAUUGAGAAUCGACACAACUGAAGAAGUUGGAACAAGUUCGAAAUUGCAAAACUGGCCUAAACUUGUGCAAGUUAAAGACGAGAAGGACAGUUCUACCGAAUGCAUAAAUGUGAUGCAUUAUCCAGAGCAGAAGAAUUUUACUUCUAAAAUCGAAAAAGCUUUAACCAAAGCCAAAAACUACAAAUCUCAAAAUCCCCUUUUCAUUGUUGUCAUGACUUCUUCCUAUAGUAAUCAAUACAUGUGUGUCCCUUUUGAUUUCGAACAAAAGUAUUUGAAGAAAGAUCAAAGCGAUAUGGUCCUUCGGGUCAUGGACGACGAUAGAACUUGGAUUGUUAAAUAUAGUGAAAGAAGAAUUAGUUCUGGAUGGAGAACAUUUGCAUCUGAUAAUAAUUUGAAAGUGGGGGAUGUUUGUCUUUUCGAGAUGAUCAAUUACGAAGCCUAUGCUUUUAGAGUACUAGUUUUUCGAGUUGACGAUGAACAAUGUUCCCCUCCACCACGAGUUCAUGAAGAUCGUGUUAAUUCGGUAAAUAUCGCAAGAAUCUCAAAAGUUGAAAGUAAACCGAUUAUUUUACAUAGAGGAAUGAGAGCUACUCCAAUAAACUCCUUGCGGGCUAGUCCAUGCAACUUUGCGAAAUUUGAAGUGAAACAAUUCGCGUCCUCAUUGAAAAAUCCUAAUUUCACUGUCAAGUUAAGAUCAAAUCAUUGGAACGAAUACAAACCGCGUAUACCGAAUUCGUUCUCAAGGAAGUACUUGUGUUACCAAAAGAAGACUGUGAUGUUACAGUUUGAUGAAAAAAUCUGGCCGGUAGAAUUGACGUGUUAUCCAUCCGAUCUAACGAGAAAGUUGAGUGUAGGUUGGAGUCGGUUUGCAGAAGAAAAUAAAUUGCAGGUCGGAGAUGUAUGUGUAUUCGAGCUCAUCAACAAGGAAGAUGCUGUGCUUGAUGUUCGUAUUUUCAGAGGCCGCAAUUAGGCAGUCGAUUUGUUAAGAUGUUACUACGUCAUUUUUCGAAGAUUUAUCACUCCUUAGUUACCAAUGCAAAUAUAGAUCUCUGACAUUUUUUAGUAGUUAUCAGUUCUAAAUGUAAAAGAUAGUUAGCAUUAAGUUUGCAAUAAUGCUUUUGGAUAUAGGUACAAUAAACAAAAAUUGCAGUAUGUUGCUGAAUAUCUAAGGCUAAUGGUGUGUUUGGAUGGACUCAAUGUUCCAGUAAUACAUGGAGUGCCAGACAUCACAGCUCUUUCAAAAACUUUUAAGACA